UUCAACAGUAAAUUUUAAUUUAUAUAAAUUAAAAAUGGGAGUUUGCAUGAGUUUGAAUCAUGACGAACUUCUUGCCAAACAGAGGAGCCAUGAUAUUGACAGACGGCUGAGUUUUAUGGCAAGAAAAGAAGAAAAUGUUGUAAAGCUGUUGCUCUUAGGGGCUGGGGAAAGCGGUAAAAGCACAUUUGUGAAGCAGAUGAAAAUUAUUCACAAUUCUGGAUUUUCAGCCGAGGAAAGAUGUGCCUUUAAGUCAGCCAUCUUGGACAAUCUUCUAAAUUCAAUGAAAUUCGUACUUCAAGGAAUGGUGAUUUUAAGAAUAAAUCUCAGCAAUAUAAAGAAUAAGAUUCACGCCCAAACUGUACUUUGCUAUCCUUACACAUGUGAUGACGACGUCACACUUCCGCCGUUCCUAGGAAACGCAUUACGCCAUUUAUGGAGAGAUCGAGGUGUUCGAGCAGCAGCAAAAAGAGGUUUCGAAUACGAACUCAAUGAUUCUGCUUUAUAUUAUUUCAACCACAUUCGACGUUUGACGUCCUCUGAUUACAUUCCAACCGUUGAUGACGUUCUUCGAGUUAGAAUAAGAACUCUCGGUGUCAUGGAAUCGCAGUUCAGAUUCAGUGGAAUUUUAUUCAGAGUUUUUGAUGUUGGAGGACAGAGAACAGAAAGACGAAAGUGGAUCGCUUGCUUUGAUCACGUGAGAGCUGUAUUAUUUGUAGCCGCUUUGAGUGGAUAUGACAUGACAUUACUAGAAGAUUCUAGUGUGAAUCGACUUCGAGAAAGUUUGAAAUUGUUCGGAUCAAUCUGUAACAACGCUUUCUUCAACAUGACAUCUAUGAUAUUGUUUCUCAACAAAUAUGAUUUAUUUGAGAAGAAGAUAAAACGAACUAAAAGACAUAUGAGAUACUAUUUUCCUGAGUAUGAAGGACGAGAUGGUGAUGUUGACUUUGCAGCCGAUUUCGUGAAAGCAAACUUUUUGGCUUUGAAUAGAAAUGCGGAAAAGGUCGUUUAUCCGCAUUUUACAACGGCAACCAACACCGAACAUAUCGAAAUCGUUUUCCACGCAGUUAUGGAUACAAUAAUAAGAGAGAAUUUGGAAUCUGCAUCACUUCUGUGACAUAAUAAUUUAACAUUGUGACGGAACAGUUUCAUUCAUAGGGGGAGUAAUAUGUCAUAAAUGAAAAGUAAUUGUCAUGAUGUUGAAUUAGUAAUCGCAAUUAUUACCGAUUGAGGUGGAAGAAUAUAACGAAGAAGAAGGGCCGGCGCAUGCGAAGGAAUCAAACGAAAAAGUAAUUUCGACGUUGGUUGAGUGAUUAUCUCAAAAUAUACAUAUGAAUUUUGAGGUAUAUAUAAAAGUCGUAUCCCAUAGAGACAUAUACACCGGUUUAUAAUUGCUAUGUUUUUAUAUUUAGUCUAAAAACUGGUCUAUUUAUUUUUCGUAAGAUACGGUGCUGUUACAAUAUUUUCUGAUGAACAAUCUCACUGUUCAUUGCCGAUAUUUGACAAUCCAAAGACAUAUUUCAAUUAAUAAUUGGCAGAAUCACAAUAAGUGAAAUCUUGAUAUGUUUUUUAAAUAUUAUUCAUAUAAAUCACAAAAAACUAUGACGAGGUGAGAAUUGAGUCGAAUACCAGGACAUCACGACUGCGCUUUCCAACUUCACGUACUGAAAAUAUUCUCCAUGAAAGAUAAUUCAAGUUACAUUCAUUGACUUUCUUUUUCAUUGUUGUUUUUUUGCAUUCUGCAAUUUACAUUGUUUACCAUUCGGGUAUGAACUAAAUUUGGAUUGUUUGAUGGAAAUUCAGAAGGCAAAAAUUAAACCAUCUAUAUUCACAAAUAUUGCCAGUCGUUUGUUUCAUGCCGGGAUUCUAAAAUUAUACUUUCAUUUUUUUUUUUUAAAUAAAUUGAGAUUGUAAGAUAUCAUUCAUAGCGUGACAUGGUAAUUUGAUAAUGAUAUUUUUAAACUAUGUUUCGGAAAUUUCAUUCGUACACAUUCUAGUGAAACGUUUGCUUUGUACAGCUAUGUACUGCAUGAACUACGAAAGCUGAAGAGUAUAUUCCCAUUAUCAUCAAAACACAACGUUCCAUUUAUUAUUUUCUUUAUUAUAUUUAUGUCUCAGACAGUGGAAAGUGAUCAUACCUUUGUCGAGAAAUAUUAAACGAUCACUUUAUUAUACAAAUGCAAUAAAAUACAUUAAAA